AUCAAGAACGCCGCGUGUCCAAGUCAGCCGACGCAGCCCUAGCAUUAUCUCUCUUUAUAAUAUGCAAUGGUAUGAUACGAACCCAGUACUUUCUGAUUGCCGCAACCGAGAAUACCGACCUUGGUUCUGGGGUUAAGGAGACAUAUACGAACUUGCGACAACCAGGCCACCCAAUGAAUUGGAAGUCAACGGGUAAUUAACUUGGCAAUAUAUCCGAUGUCAGCCUAGGCGAUAUUUCAUGUGAGGUUAUAAAUGGGAGGAGUGUCCUGUAGUACGGCAAAAUCCACAUAUCCCGAACGAAGACGACGUCGUCAAAAAGCGGCCCUUGCGCCCCAUCAUUAACCAAGGGCUAAGAACGCCAACAGUCAAGAAUGUCACUCACAAUCGAUGCUCAGGUGCAGCUCACCGACGAUUUUGGCCAAGAUACCUUAAUGGGACUACAAGAGCUGGAUUCUCAGCUGGCUAUAUUCGAAGAAUCAGCAGACCUGUCUACCGAGGUCUUGGCUGCUACGGCAUCAGAUAUAACAAUGGAUAUUCCACUUAGCGUUGGUGAUGCCAAGGCAAUGGCUCAUAUGGAUGAGAGCAAUAUCUCGAGAACCUUCCCGAAGAGUGAGAAUGCAGUACUACCUUCUAGUACCGGAGCAUGGAGUCUCAAAGCCAAUGGCAACUCAAUGCCAUCGAAACAUUUGCAAGCCUUGUCAGGUGGUGAUGGAGAUGCCAAGCCGAAUGAGUCGCGCUCCUCAAUGGCAUCAUCUAUGGCAACAGAGACAUCAGAUGGAUCAUCUUCUCUUUCAUCGAUAUCAAGUCAAACUGCAUUGUCUGACCAUGAUGGCCUGCAGAAGAAUGAAUUAUCACAAGAGCCGACAAGGAAACGAGCCAAAUACGAUGUCCGCCCGAAAUCUUCCAUACCUAUAAACAUUCACAUAUCAGAAUAUGCUCGUCAGUGUAUUGCUGCGGCAGAAUCAUCACGGCUCAAUCCAUAUGCCUUACAUACCGACGAGUAUGAACUUCUAAGAACACAUCUCAUCCAUACCCAGGUGACAACCUACCUAAAUAUCCGAAAUGCAAUUCUCCGAUUGUGGAUAAGGAAUCCCUUAGUCCGCGUCCUGCAGGAUGAGGCAAUUGGUUGUGCAAGAGAUGCACGCUGGUUUGACCUAGCAAACGUCUGCUACGAGUGGCUUGUUCGACAAGGCUACAUCAACUAUGGGUGUCUAGACAAUAUGGAACCCCGCGGACCAGCAUCGAAACAACGUCCUGGAAAGCGUCCACGCAAGACAAUUGCCGUGAUUGGAGCUGGGAUGUCCGGGUUGGGUUGUGCUAGACAACUAGAAGGCCUAUUCGCACACUUCGAAAGCCGCUUUCUCAAGAAGGGCGAAGAGGUCCCAAAUGUCGUUAUCUUAGAAGGGAGAGACAGAGUGGGAGGACGCGUCUACUCACGUGGUUUUAAGACUGAUACCUCCGCCUCAACGCUAGAAGAGGGAUACCGCUGCACAGCGGAAAUGGGCGGCAUGAUCAUCACGGGCUUUGAGCGCGGUAAUCCCUUGAACAUUCUGGUCAGAGGGCAGCUGGCACUUGAUUAUCAUGCGCUGCGUCCAACAACCACGUUGUACGAUUUCAAUGGACAGCCUGUCGACCCAACGCGAGACCAUCUAGCGGAAAAGCUUUACAACGAUAUAUUGGAUCGACUCUAUGAUUAUAAAUUCAAGCUGCCUAAAGUAGUUAACAUAGAAGGCGACCAUGAUCUUGUCGACGCAUACCGCGAUGGACAUGGAGAUAUUGGCAAGACAAUCGCUGUGGCUGAAGACGAAGAGGCUUCAAAAUCACACGUAUUAUCAGAUGAAAGCGGAACGGAGCAAAACGGCCACUUAUCUAAGUCUCCGGUUGAUGUGGUCCCAGUAUCGACAGACCGCAUAACUGGAAGGCCGCACAAAGAACCCGGAGGACCAGCAGUGCAUAAAGCAGCGUAUAAAGCACGCCUCAUUGGCUGGACGCUACAAGAUGAGGUUGAGGAUAGCAAAGAUUUAGACCUCGAUGAGGUUGCUGAUCGUGAGGGAUCAACAUUAGGUUCCGUAGUGGACGCAGCAAUCAAGCAGUUUGGCAGCGUGGUUCACCUCUUACCACUCGACCUGCGCCUUAUGAACUGGCACAUUGCCAAUCUGGAGUACAGCAACGCUAUCAACCUUAAAGAGCUCAGUCUGAGAGGAUGGGAUGUGGAUGCUGGGAAUGAGUGGGAAGGCAAACAUACGCAGAUUGUGGGCGGCUAUCAGCAGGUGCCACGUGGCUUGCUGCAUUGCCCAUAUCCUCUCAAUGUCAGGAAGCGAAGCGCUGUUAAGCGGAUUGCGUACUCGCCAGAUCAGUCUGGCGCUGCCACUAUUGACUGUGAGGAUGGCUCGACGGUCAAGGCCGAUAUCGUUGUCUCCACAAUCCCUCUGGGAGUUCUCAAAGACUCGAGUAUCAAUUUCGAGCCUGCGCUUCCCGAGUGGAAGACUGGCGCAAUCGAACGACUUGGCUUUGGGGUCCUCAACAAGGUGGCCCUUGUUUAUAAAGAGCCGUUCUGGGAUACUACAAGAGACAUAUUUGGCGUUCUUCGCGAUCCCAUCUACCGCGCAAGUUUGAACCAGGCAGACUAUUCCACCAAGCGAGGCCGUUUCUUCCAAUGGUUUAAUUGUACAAAAACCAGUGGUGUUCCUACUCUCAUCGCCCUGAUGGCUGGUGAUGCAGCGUUCCAAACUGAGAAGGAGGACAACCAAUCUCUGGUAGCCGAAGCUACUCAGGUCUUGCGGAGCAUUUUUGGCGAGACCGUCCCAGAACCUGUGGAAGCCAUCAUUACACGAUGGGGUUCCGAUAAGUUUGCUCGCGGGAGCUACUCAUACACGGGCCCGAAUUUCCAACUCGAUGAUUACGAGGUCAUGGCAAAACCCAUUGGGAACCUGUUCUUCGCUGGAGAACACACCUGCGGCACCCAUCCCGCCACAGUCCAUGGUGCAUAUCUCUCUGGUCUCCGCGUGGCCUCAGAAGUCCUAGAGUCCAUGAUCGGCCCCAUCGACGUCCCCGAGCCCCUCGUCCUACCCAAAGACUCUCUUUCAACCCUGAAGCGCAAAGCUGCCGAGCUAGAGAACCAACCCAAAGACCUCAGACAAGCCCGACUUCAAGCUUACGAAAACGAGGUCUGGACUGCAAUCUACGCCAAAUUCGGACAAUACCCGCUCUCCCCCCAAAAGCUGACCAUAAACCCCUACGUCCUCUUCAGCAAGGCCAACGCCGAGCUCGCGCGCCAGCGAUGCGAGGCGAAUCGUCGUCCCGGGAAGGGGCGGCCGGUGUCAAACGAGGUGCGGACGAUGCUGGGGAAGAUGUGGAAGGAUGCGUCGGAGGAGGAGAAGGUCCCGUACAAGCAGCGCGCGAACGAGGGUAAGGUGGUUUACCUGGCGGCGCUGGCGAAUUAUAAGGAGCUCUGUAGGGUGUGGGAUGAUGAUUCGAUUGCGUUCCGGAAGGCGUAUGAGAAGGAGCAUCCGAGUGUGCCGAGUAAGGAGGAAGAGGAGGAGAUCAGGAUGUCGAGUCACGGGAAGAGGGAUAGGAGGGCCAAGAGGGUUAGUGGGUAUGCGGAGUCGGAGCCGAGUGAUGGGGAGAGGGGGUUGUAGAUUGAGUGGGUUUGGGGCGUAUAUAUGGGAUGGGGAUGGUGGUUGGGAGCUUCUGACUUGCUGGUGGGUUUGUACCAAUAUAUACGUGCUUUCGGUGCAAGAAUACCGGGCUUGACAUUGAGAAUCAUGCAGCUGUGGGAAUGAGCCUUAGGUUCUGUAUUCCUCAUGACAGCGCAAUGCAAUUUUAUUAACUU